AUCAUGGCACCACCAACAUAUGGUGAUUUAGGCAAAAGUGCUCGUGACUUAUUUUCUAGUGGAUAUCAUUUUGGUCUAAUCAAAUUAGACGUAAAAACAAAAACUAAGUCUGGUGUAGAAUUCUCCAGUGGUGGAGUAUCUAAUCAAGAUAGUGGAAAAGUAUUUGGUACUUUAGAAACUAAAUAUAGUAUCGAUGACUACGGAUUAAAAUUUAGUGAAAAGUGGAAUACUGAUAACACACUUGCUACUGAUGUUACUUUUGCCGAUAAAUUGCUCAAAGGUCUAACUCUUGGUUACGGCUGUACCUUUUCUCCACAAACAGGAACCAAGACUGGAAAACUAAAGACUUCAUACAAACAUGAUAAUGUAUCUGCCAAUGCUGAUUUUGAUCUUAGUCUUUCUGCUGGUCCUUUGGUAAAUGCAUCAGCUGUUGUAGGAUAUCAAGGUUGGUUGGCUGGAUAUCAGGCCUGCUUUGAUACGCAGAGAAACAAACUGACAAAAAAUAAUUUUGCACUUGGAUACACGGCAUCUGACUUUACUCUUCAUGCAGCAGUAAAUAAUGGUUGCGACUUUAGUGGCCUCAUUUAUCAUAAAGUAAAACCAGAAUUAGAAGGUGCAAUUAAUCUGGAGUGGAAUUCAAGUAACAAUGUGACACAAUUUGGAAUUGCUACGAAAUAUAAUCUUGAUCAAGAUGCAUCUAUCAGAGCUAAAGUUAAUUCUAACCUUCAAGUUGGUUUAGGAUAUCAACAAAAAUUACGUGAUGGUAAGUGAUGUUUAAUUUAUACAAAAUGUUACUCUAGUAAAAGACUCAUGGUAGAGUAACAGAAUUAUAUUUGAUAUGUUUUCAUCAAUUAUUCUAAUAUAUCUAUUAAAUUAAAUUGAUUAUCGAUAAUUAUUUACUGUAUAUAUUUUAUUUAUAAAAAUAUUUCAAUAUUUGAUUUACAUAUUCUUUAAUAUAUUUAGGUGUAACUCUAACGCUGUCUACAAAUAUUGAUGGAAAGAACUUUGGCUCUGGCGGUCACAAGAUUGGACUUGCAUUAGAUCUUCAAGCUUAA